UACAAAGCUCAACUCCAGCAAGUUGAAGCUGCAUUGUCUGGAAAUGGAGAAAAUGAAGAUUUAUUAAAACUAAAGAAAGAUUUACAAUGGCUCUCUGCAUCCCCGAAACACCUUCCUUCAGUAAGCAGAGUGCUUGAGUGCAUCCCUUUUGACCUGCUGAUAUGUAGAUCACAACAUCUGAUGCUUCCUGGAAUUGCCGAUUACUGUAACUGCUGCCCAUCUGUCAAUGAAGGAGCAGUUUCAGAACUCAGACUUGGGGGAGGAAAAGUAAUUAAUGGAAGUUAUAGAACUAACCAAAGAUCUUCUGUCAACUCAACCUUCAGAAACUCUUGCAAGUUCAGACUGUUUUGCUUCUGCUCAGCCUACUCAUUCAUGGAAAGUAGGGGACAAGUGUAUGGCAGUCUGGAGUGAAGAUGGACAGUGUUAUGAAGCGGAGAUUGAGGAGAUAGAUGAAGAAAACGGCACCGCUGCGAUCACCUUUGCUGGCUAUGGCAAUGCUGAAGUGACUCCACUGUUGAACCUCAAGCCUGUAGAGGAAGGAAGGAAGGCGAAGGAGGACAGUGGCAGCAAACCCAUGUCAAAAAAAGAAAUGAUUGCCCAGCAGCGUGAAUAUAAAAAGAAGAAAGCUUUGAAAAAAGCACAGAGAAUAAAAGAACUCGAGCAGGAGCGAGAGGACCAGAAAGUGAAAUGGCAGCAGUUUAACAACAGAGCCUAUUCUAAAAACAAAAAAGGCCAGGUAAAGAGGAGUAUUUUUGCUUCACCUGAGAGCGUAACUGGCAAAGUUGGAGUAGGAACUUGUGGAAUUGCUGAUAAACCUAUGACACAGUAUCAAGAUACCUCUAAAUACAAUGUCAGGCAUUUGAUGCCUCAAUAAUCAGAAAAACUGUUGGAUUUCAUCUCUGCAGGGCUUUACAUUUACCUUUUUAUCCUUAUAUUUUUCUAAAGGUAAAUUAUUUGUUAGAUGAGUAAGGAAGAUACCUUGUCAUUGUUUGACUUCAAUAGAAUGAAACUUGAAGAAAUUGCAUAUUUGAUCAUUGCUAUUCAUUUAACUUUCUUCAUUACUACCACCACCACCACCACCACAGUUUCCUCAGUUUGUUGGGUAGAGCAACUCUUCUAGAAAGAUGCUGCUUAAAUAAAGCACUUAAUGAAUUGUUGAUCUUCCUAAUAUCGCCCCCACUUAACCUGAUGGCAUAUGUUUUUUGUAAAGUCCUAACCUGGAACUUUCAAAACCUUUGAACUUGCCACAUAUUCUAGCAAUUCAGUGGAACAUCAAGGCAAAACACCAAACUUCUACAGAGAUCAUUUUUUUCCUUAUCUUAAAUUUAGCUAUUGGCCAGUUAAACCUAAAAAUAGAUUAAUUUCUAAAUGGCAAAGUCUGUUUUGAGGUUUUUCCUUUUUAACUUGUUUCCCAAGCCAUCUCUAAAAUUGAUCCAGCCCUUUUAUUCUUUUCAUUAAGUUUUAGUUUUAUGUAAGAAACCACAUUUAGGACCAGCUGCCUUUUCUAAUGUCUUUCUCCCCCUCCCCCCCACCUCUUUUUUAUACAUUUGCUCUUUUUCCUGUGUUGGUUUUUCACUUACGGUAGUGGUAUCAUUUUUUUGGAUGUGAAAUGUUUAUAUGAGAAAACAAAAAGCUGAUGUAUAGCCAGCCCUGUAUACAGUGUAGAUACUAUUUUUGUAAAAAAACAAAAAAAACAUAAAGCAAGGCUAAAUUAAUGAACAAGAGUACUGAAUGUUUCAUCAUUAAAAAUUUACUGUAUUUCUUGUGCAUUAAUCUGACCAUAAUUUCCCCUGUACAUUAUGUUCAUGUUAGCUGAAUUUGGAAUUUUUGUUAACUAGAUCAAGUUGUCAGCAUUUCCUGGUGUAAGUGAACAUCACAGUUAUCCUGAGUUGAGUUUAAGCCAAAUAUAUGCGUAGCAAAGGAUCUUCCUAUUAAUGGAAGAUGGUGAUUUUUUAGGAUGUGUUAAUUUCAGUUUUUGUAUGUUUAACUUUUAUUAAAUAAAAUGUUUUUAAAAUCUUCA